AUGCCUCGAGGAUUUCUGGUGAAGAGGACCCGCCGGUGCUCGGCUUCAUACCGGCCCAGAAACAACAGCAGCAACAGGGCAGAAACAUAUAAGGGCGAUGGCAGCAGCAGCAGCAGCGGCGGCAGCAGCGGCGGCAGCAUCAUCAUCAGCAGCAUCAGCAUUCACCGCACGGACGGACAGCUCCCGGUGUCCCGCGAAGACUUAACCGCCGCCGGUGUCAGAGAGGCGUGGAGCCCGCACGUGGAGUCCGCGCUGGAAGCGGAGGCGGACCGGCGCGCGCAGUUACCGGAGACCGAGGAGCAGGUGAGCGAGGUGGACGUUGUGACUCCCGAGGAAGAUUUCCCCUGCUUCUUUCCGCCUCCUCCACCUCCACGAGACCUGUCAGUGUCGGAGUCCUGCAGCCCCGUGAAACCGGUGGGCACGAGACUGCUGGAGCGGCACGAGGACGCAGAGAGGCGCGCGCUGUUUCCCGGCAGGUGCCCGGCACCGGAGCUGCCCUUCAUGGUGAGUUCCACCCCGACCUCCAUCCCCGCUUCUAUCGAGAGGCUCCUCGCGAGCAACAGCAGCCACCACGCGCCAAACUACUGUAACAAAGACAAAUAUGACCCGAGUGAGACUCACGUGCACUUGUUCCCGCCAAUAACUUUAAUGAAGCAGGAGCAGCAGCACGCGGAUAGAAAGCGCACGUUCCUUCAAGCGGAUCAGCGCGUGAACAACAGACACAACAAACAGUCAUCAAACAGCGCGCCAAAGAAAGCAAAGUUCAACCGGAAACUCAACUUCGAGGACGAGGUGACGACCUCGCCGGUGCUGGGUCUGCGCAUCAAGAAGGAGAGUCCAGAGCUGAGGAGGCAGCGGGAGAAAUCGUCGGUGAACACCGGGAAUCAGCCGCUGAGAGAGUUCAUCUGUCAGCUGUGUAAAGAGGAAUACUCUGACCCGUUCUCCCUCGCGCAGCACAAGUGCUCCCGCAUCGUGCGCGUGGAGUACCGCUGUCCCGAGUGCGACAAAGUCUUCAGCUGUCCCGCAAACCUGGCCUCGCACCGCCGGUGGCACAAACCGCGUCCCGUGAAUAACGCGGGAGGAGACGCCGUCACGCACAAGAGCCAGCCGCUAAAGGAGGCGCGAGGACUAAUCGCACCGCACGAGACGCAGCAGAUGGAGAUGGAGGGCAAGGAGAACGAGCUGCUGCGCGUCAACACGCAUCAGCACCACAGAGCGAUGGACAGCUCCCGCAACGUCAGGCUCCUCAUGCACGCGCGGUCUCGCGACAUCCCGGACAGCGACAGCCUCGCACCUCCUCACUACGACACCUCGCCUCAUUACCGGCUCCCGGGAGAGAGAGCGGCGGACAGUCCACCGUCCAGCCGCCUACUGCUCAACGGAAGCCCGGAGGAGCACGCGGAGCUGCCGCAUCAGCAGCAACCGCCGUCGCUGUCCUCGCUGCCGCAUCCUCCUCUCUCGUUUGUCCAGUCGUUACCGGAGGAGGAGGUGUACGAGUGCCGGUACUGCGGGAAGAAGUUCCGCCGACAGGCUUACCUCAAGAAACACUUGGCCGCGCACGAGGUGACGGCGCGAGCGUCGCCGCCUGCGUCACAGUACGGCCAGGCGCGCGAGCACAGCGGCGGGAAGAGCCAGGUGUGUCUGUGUCACCUGUGCGGCGCGCGUUUCCCGUCGGUGGAAAUCAGGGACAAGCACCACCUGUGGCACGCGAUGAGGGACGAGUUGCUGGCGGGAACUCUGGGGGGAGGCGGCGUGUUCCACGCGUACAGAGAGGAGAGCAGCAGCGGGGACUGUGAGCAGCAGCAACAGCAACAGCAACAACAACAACAGCAGCAGCAGCAGCAGAUCUUCACGUGCAAACACUGUCCGUCCACAUUCUUCAGUUCACCGGGGCUCACGCGACACAUCAACAAGUCUCAUCCCACCGAAAACCGGCAAGUGAUGCUGCUGCAGAUGAGCGUGCGGCCGUAGAGACGCACGAGACUGAGGGGAAACAGCAGGUGAUGGUAAAUCAGUUGUAAUCACAUCAAGUGUAACAGAAUCAUGAUUCCUGAUCAGUCACUGUUUAAAGACCUGCAAC